UAUUUCCUUAUAUGAACGGACUCAGUAAAAUCUUUGAAAUGAUUGCAUGUUGCGUUUUUUAAAAUGUUCAGUAUACAUUGAGAUGACUACAUAGGAAAACAGAAGCUGUUUAUCAAGUGCUAGUUUUAUAGAUGCCUUUUGGUUUCAUUGUGAUCUAGACUUACAGAACAGUUCAAAGGUUGUAAUGAUUAGUCAAGCAUGUAUCUGGGCCGGUCUUAUUUGGUGUGGGACUGUAUAGGCCUUAGCGGAGUCAGUUUGUCCCCAUAGGGUGUGUCUCUAGUUCCAAUUACUGUUACAUCUGUUUAAAAGCUGACCAACUCUGGUAUUUGCGUGAAAAAAAAAAUGCAUGGUGUGGAAUGUGUCAGUGAACUCCAUGAACUGGCACCUUGUUUAACUCUGGUGCUGUGUGCCUUGUGUGCAUAUUGUUUGUUCUGUGUUCUGGUCAUUUUAAGCUUCUUCUAGUCCUGUUGUCCACUUUUUCUUCCCCCUUUUGUGUCUCUCACUGUGCAGGCAUAAUGUGCCUUUGGCCCCACUCCCUCUUCAUUUCCCACACUUCCUCCCCCUCUUUUCCACAUUCUCCCUCCCCAUUUCUUUCUCCUCAUAGCACUUUACAGUGGCACACAUCACUCAUUGUUGAAAUGGACCCACUGAACUAUAAUGUUCUGUAGUAUGCUAUUCCCCAAAAACUCCAUCUGUGUUUGAAUAACUUCCAUCUGAGGCAGCUAGACGGUUGGCCAGUCCGUUUCCUAGCCUGUGAUAUUGCCCAGCUCUUAUCUGGGAGGUCUGCAGAACACACUCAUUAGGCGUUCCCUCUAACUCCUUCUUGGGGUUUUCUCAUCUCACCAAAACUGUGUAAACAUAGCUGCAUGUUUUUACAGUGACCUGCGCCGAUGAGUUUCGCAACCUCAUUAUUUGACCUCUUUUAAGAGGACUAAGUUGAUAAGUAGACUAAGUAAUGCCACAAUGAUUCAUAUUAGGUUUAAACACACUUUCCUGUGAGGACCCAAAGCACAGCUGAGAGAUUAGAAGAUGGGCAAUAAAUUGGGAAAUCCUWUGGCUUGUUUUUCUGGGGAAAUUGACUCAUGCUCCAAAUAAUUCUGUAUCUGAUGCUAUGAUUUCUGGUAAAAUGAGUCAUGUGAGCAAGUGCGUUUACUACUCAUUAUUAAAUGCUGUUCUUCAGUUGAGGGGAACAUGAUGAUGAUCGUUUCUCAGUGAGGUUGGAAGGGUCUGUCUGGCCGGUUGAGGUGCGGAGGGGACGCCACAUACCUCGCCAGGAGUCUGACAGCCUGACAAACACCCCAUCCCCUUCCUCCUCCCUUCCUCCGCGAGCCGCCAUGGUGACACUCAUCACAGAGCAACUCCGCAAACAGAAUCUGGAGGAGCCCCCUUACCACAGGGCCUUCUCUCUCAACGUGUCAUUGCCUGAAGUGGGUUCCAGCCCCACUGUGUGUUGGAGUGGGUGUGGGUUGACUCCAGAGAGUAGUUGGUCUAUGUUCCCAUCCUCCAAGACCCACCUGCAGGAUGCCUCUGUCCUGUCCUCCCUGGACCCACUGGGAACACCUUUCCCUCUCCCCAGCACCUCUGUGACAGACCUGUCCCUGCAGAGCUCUCCGCCGCCGCCUCCCAAACGACACUGUCGCUCCCUCUCUGUCCCUGAGGACCUGUCCCACUGCCGCAGCCCCUGGCGCCCCAGCGCCUCCAAGAUCUGGACCCCAGUCAAGCGCCGCUGCUACAGUGGAGGGGGUGUGGCCUGCAUGGGUGUUGGCUCCUUGGUGGGUUCCGUACCCCUCCGAGGCCCCAGCUCCUCCCUCACCUCCUCCCUACACUCCUCCUCCAGCCCCACCUUCUUCAGCCUGGCCAUGUCCCCUGACUCCCCUCUCCCCUGGGGCUGUCCCUGGGACCAUAAUGACCUGCCCAGGGGGGGCUGCACUGGCUUCUUCCCCGCCCCCUCCUCCUGCUCCUCCUCCCCCGCCUCGCUGGGUUCCUGUCGGCCCUUGCUGCAACGCCGCUUCUCCCUGUCCCCUGUGCACAUCCUGCCUCCCCGGCCCUCCCCCUCUCCUGCUCCCGAUCUAGUCCCACGCUACCCUUCGAUGGAGCCCCCGGCCCCAUCUCCCUCAGCCUGCAGUUCCCCGUCAUCCUCGAGGCGUGACCUACCCCCCUGUCUCCCACGCUGCCACUCUCAGCCCUGUGACCUGCGUAAGCCCGGCCUGAAGAGACGCCAUGACGCGGACACCCUGCCCUACUACUUCAGGCCUGGCCUGGACUUCAGCAAGAUGACUCCGAUUCUUAGUGGGGAGCCCCUGGUGUGUGGAGCGGCUGUCUACACGGGGCUAGAGCCUGUUCCAGGGGACUUCAGAGGAGCCUUCUCCCCUGCAGACCUGGGAAGAACCAGCAUUGGACCGUUGAGUGAAAGUGAGGAAGAGGAGAACAUAAAUAUGGGUGCGCAAGAGGCCGGGCAGCAGAGUGUGUUUGAGAGAGACUGCACAGAACUGGACUUGAACCUUAUUGAGGAGAAUUGAAAGUUUAUUGGUGCUCCGUGUGUGAUUGACAGCAUUCAUCGUCAUAUUCACAUUACACCCCGGCCGAGCCCACGGGAACCUGCUGCCUUCGAAGGGGCCACAUUAGGGGCCCUUCAUAUCACUGGCUGACUAUAGGUUAUGGAUCAAUUUUACCAUUAGUGUAAUGCUAGAGCAACUUUGACAAGCUCACAAUAUUCAGCAUUUCAGGACAAUGAUGUUCUGCCUGUCCAUACUCUGUGGGUAAAUGUGUAUACCCAGAAACACAAUGGAGAUGGAUAAGACGUGGUGAUUUCUGAAGGUCAUACUGUAAUAGCCGCUUUCUAAUAAUACGGGUAGUAACGCUCUACCACUACUACAAUUAUAAAAAUGAUGCAGUUUGCUUGCGAUGGACACUCCUGUCGGCAGGAUACAUUACCGAACGUAUGGCCAGUUGAGUUGCCGAAGGCCCCCUGAAAAGCCUUCACACAUCGGCUUUCAUGGGUGUAGGCCGAACGCUCUGACGUGUUUGAUUUGGCCGGGUGGAAAACCCACACACCUGUAAAGGGAAUCAAGGAGGGACCCAUGUGCUUUCCUCAUAGCUGGCAAAUGUAUAUUUUGCUGCUUCUGUUUCCCUUACUACUUAGAUAAUGCAUUCAUUUGUUCUCCAAUUGGCUGAAUUAAAUAUUGUACAUUAAUCAUGUACAAAGCAGGUGUUUCUGCUUUCAUGGUUUUUGUUCAUAACAUCAAGAUGUUUUCUUGGUCUCCCAUAGAAAUGGAACCUAUAUAGUCUGUCCAUUCUGAUUCAGUUCCCCACUAAUGAACAGAUCACACUUGCACUGUAAUAGGAUUUGAAUAAUUGACUCGACGCUGCAGUUGGAUCCUUUAGGGCACAAUGUAAUGUACUGUACAGUGGUCACCUGUGGAAACCAUUUUGUGUGAGUGGAUGACUGUUUAGACAGGCAGCUCAGUUUCUUUUUCUUUUUUUCCAAAUAGUUUUUUUGACCAAUCAGAUGUUUUCACGGCAAUCUUUUGCAGAGCUGAUUUGAUUGGUCAAAAUACCAAUUAGUGAAAAAAAUAUCAGAAUUUGGGUGUCUGUCCAAACGCAGCAUUAGCGUGUGAGAAGGAACCAGUAGAGAUGCAGAGGAUUGGUGGCCUUUCGAGAGAUUAUUUUUAUUGUAUGUUUUCAGAUGGAAAUGUCUAUUUACACUUUGUGUACAAAUAAAGUUUAUUAGAGAUUAAUUUUGCAAAAAAUCA